CUUCGAUUUACUUAUCUACUUUUAUAGAAUUUCUAAUCAUAACAAGUUAUAACAUUGGAUGAUGGAGUGCACAUCGUUUGAUUGCUGGAUUGUACCAGCUAUUGUGUCUAAUGGUAAAAUGAUAUUUGAUAUAUUCUAUUGAGUAGAAUCUGUUCUAAUUGUGAAAGUAAAUGUUUGAGUUAUAUGCUCUUUCAGUGUCACUUGUCAUUUCAUUUGGUGAUUUACGUUGAUAUAACGACAUCGUCCUAGUCAUGCUCAGGAGAAGCCUUUUUACACGCGUCACUUUUUGGCCUGUACACCUAUCAUUACAGCCAAACAGUCCUUUUCGUUUUGAUAGUGAACAAAAAGUAACUUGUUACUUGUACUUGCCAUAACAAAAGUUAUAGGAGACUGAAAUCUAAACAGAUUUUAACAUGGCAUCAAAGUAAUGCAUUUUUUCUUACGUUUUCAUACGUUUUAACAUUUCAAUCAUUGAAUUAUUGACUGUUUGGCAUUGGUUGGUUGCCACGAGGCUCUUUCAAUAGUUUUGAAAGGGAUAGGGUAGAUGAAAUGAUGAGAUUCUUGUAACUUUUGGAUGACCCCUUCUUGACAAAGACAGUCCCCCAUCAAUUGUCCCCAGGCUUUAGUCCCCUCUUUUUGUGCCAGGGGGAGGUUUUGUAUCUUUUGUUUGUUUAUCUGUCAGACUCACUGGCCUUAGUUUGAUUUAGUAUUGUAGAACAAUAAGCAUAUUAACCAUAUUAUUACACAACACCAUCUAAAUGUCCAUCUAUACCCAAACUUUGUAUUUAAUCCAUUCAGAUUAUUUCCCAUUGACUGUUAGGGAUGACCACAACUGAUAUUAAACUGUUGACAUUAGGUACAUAACAUUUUACAUUUCAUUUUUCAAUAUAGCGAGUACAUUGCCAAUCCUGCAUUGGAACUGGUUAAAUAUUUGUUUUUAUUCAAAAUAAUUUCGGUGUUUUUUUUAAGUUUGUGAAAAUUGCUGCUGUAGGUGUGCAGUGUAUACCCGUUAAUGAACUAGCUUUACCUCCAUUGGUCAAUCUGGUCACAUGGUUCCCUAACUUUAUUCAGUUGACAGCAAGUAGGAGGGCUUUAUGGAGGGUGGAAAAAAAGACAACUCGAGAAAAAUUUGUAUUUUCUACCUUCAGAAAUUAAUGACCAUGAGUUCGUUUAUGGUGGACUCUAAGUAUGUGGACCCAAAAUUUCCUCCUUGUGAGGAAUAUUCUCAAAAUAGCUAUAUACCUGAGCAGGGGACUGACUACUACGGUCCAGCGCAGGACCCAGGUUUCCAGCAUCCAGGAAUCUAUCCACGGUCAAACUACCCCGAGCAACCCUUCAGUUGUACCACUGUGCAGGGUUCUACAGUGCAGCCGCGGGGUCAUGUGCAUGAGCGAGCCAGCAACCCUAUCCCUUUCACUGCACAGACCGAGCCGUGUCCCCCGGUCCAAGUGACUGGCCCCCGGACUUGUGGACAGCAACAAAACACAAAGAACCAACAUGGGAUACAAGCCAAGCAGCCUACAGUAGUUUACCCCUGGAUGAAGAAACACCACGUUACUACGGUAAACCCGGACUACACAGGACCUGAACCGAAACGGUCUCGGACAGCUUAUACAAGACAGCAGGUUUUGGAACUGGAAAAGGAAUUUCAUUUUAACAGAUAUCUGACCAGGCGGCGUCGCAUAGAGAUUGCCCAUACACUCGUUCUCUCCGAGCGUCAGAUCAAAAUCUGGUUUCAAAACAGAAGAAUGAAAUGGAAAAAAGACCAUAAACUACCGAACACAAAGGGAAGAUCUGCAUCGGCUUCCAGCCAACAUUUACAAAGUAUUCAGAAGGAUAAUCAGACUGAUAUCACAACUUUAUGAAUAUUAUGGGAAACUUUGAAUCUUACAUGAACUGUAGGCCUAUAAAAACUAUUUCCCAUUUGACUUUGCAUGAUCUCAAACAUGGCAUUUUCGUCAUAGGCAGUUACAUUCAGAAGGACCCUCGAUGUGUGUUGGCUCGCUGAAUUGAGUCAACUUCCAACAUUGUAACUGAUAGGUGCUCAGAAGAUACGAGUGCGUCAUUACAUGCUUCACAUGCUUCAAAGAGGUAGCAGUAGAUGAACGAGAACUUUCGCUUUCGGACGAAAGCUUGUGAAAGAGGUUUUCAUAUGGUAGGCCUAGUCUUCUUGCUUGCUAUGGUUCUCUUCUCACCUCAAAAGUCAGAGUACUGCCUGAACAUUUAUGUCUUUAUUUAAAAGGGGGGGAAAAUGUACAAUUAUGUGAAGCUUUUGUACACUUUAAUUGGAAAUUGUCUUGUGAUGAAAUCAAGCUUUUAAAAAGAACAAUAUUGGAUUCAUAUAUUGCAAAAAAUAAAAUGGCCAUUGCACACAAAGCAUCAGUUGAUCCAUACAUUUGUGACAAUAUUUGUUACUUUUAUAUAGCCUAGCUUAAAAAAAAGUAGUGAACUCGUAUUUAUGGGUGCUAACUGGUUGAAUUUGUUCUGUUUACGUUUUCUGAACUUUUAUACAAUAAAGCUUUUAAAAUGGCGUUAAAUUCUAUUGAGAAACAAGACAUUCCUGUGUGCAGACCUUUCCCAGUGCCCUUAUUCGGUUAUAAAUCUCUCUUGACAUCUUUGUAAACAGUGUACAUUUAAAGAGGGUCUCACAUAUGGAUUCUGAAACUCUUUCAUGAGUUCCCUUGUUCUUUGCAUCGAAUUUAUAUUUUUUAAGAUGCUUCGCUAUUUUUAUUUUGAUCCAUAUCAAACAGAACACUAUUAAAACGAUAUAUUAAAUGUUAAGGACGUUGAGGAAUAAAAAUACGUGUCAUAUGUUUCCCUCA